UCUAACACUCUCUCUCUCCCCCUCUCUCUCUCACACACACACACAAAGCACAUCUGGAGCUCUCGCACACGCUCGCUCUCUCAUCUCUCUCUCUCUCGCUCUCGCUCGCAGGCCCUAAGCUUACAGGUCUCGCCAUGAAAGGUGGUAAGGGGAAGGCGGAGACGACUAGAGCCGACGCGAGUUUGAAGAGGAAAGGCCCGGGGACGCAGCGCGCCGGGAAGAAGACGGCGAGGAAGGAGAAAGCUGUGAAGGAUCCUAACAAGCCGAAGAGGCCUGCUAGUGCAUUUUUUAUCUUCAUGGAAGAUUUCAGGGUGCAGUAUAAGCAGAAGCAUCCUAACAACAAAUCUGUUGCUGCCGUCGGUAAAGCUGGCGGGGACAAGUGGAAAUCCAUGUCGGAAGCUGAUAAAGCUCCUUUUGUAGCAAAGGCAGAGAAAAGGAAGGAUGAGUACAACAAGAAGAUGCAGGCUUAUAACAAACGAUCGGCUGAAGGAACCAAUGCUGCUGACGAUGAAGAGUCUGACAAGUCAAAAUCUGAAGUCAAUGAUGAGGAUGAUGAGGAUGGAGAUGAGAGUGGGGAGGAGGACGAGGAUGAUGACUAAGUCACAAUUACCCUCGAGGAGUAUGUGUAAACUGUUACAUCAAUGAGCAACGAAAAAUUUCUGUCAUUUUGGACAUGUAGUUGUUUGCCUUAAUGGUUUCAUAUUAGAUAAUUAGGAGAACGGUGAUUGGCUUGAGUACCUUCUGGAGCUUAAAUAGUGAUGUAGUUAGUUGUUUAUGCUGAUUUUAGCUGAAGCUUGGUUCUCUGAUCUGAUAUAUAUAAGCUUCUUUGCUCCCA